AUGUAUCUUUCGGUUGAUCUUUUGGAUUCUGAGCCAAGAGCUUCCGCUUCCUCGAUGGUCUGCUGCCGUUUCCAGCUCUCGAAAAGUGCGUCGCCCCUGCGAACUCCGAGCACGGCAGAGGCUGUCAGAGCCUUGCGGACCAGGGCAGCUUCCUCGUCGAUGGCACCUAAGAAGAGGCCAGCGGCUAGUACUAAGGCUUCCGUUACGAUUUCUGGCGGUACCUUCCUGAAGAAGCACGGAAUCCAGGAUGCUUUGCAGACGAUCCUCAGCGAGCUGGAGGACUCCAAGCCCUCCGACCCGUGGACCAGCCUAAAGGCUGCUUUGGAGGAGAAAUCCUCGAAGAAGGCUAAGAUGGAUGAGGAGGCAGACACAAGUAGUCCUUGUUGCAGCUUGUGA